GAGAAACUGAGGGUACUUCAAGAAAAAAAGGAGGGUCCCGGACCGCAGAGCCUGAUCGAUGGCAGAGAUCAAGAGCCUGGUGACCUCUUGGAGUACUUGCACUCACAAAUCGACAAGGCGGAGGUGAACACGGGAGCGAGGCUGCCGAGCGAGUAUGCACUGGUGCCCUUCGAGAGCUUCACCACCACAAAAGUGUACCAGCUGGAAAUGGGCCUGACGCGCCAUCCUGAGGAGAAGCCUGUGCGGAAGGACCGGAGGGAUGAGCUGGUGGAGGUGAUAGAAGCAGGUUUGGAUAUUAUUAAUAACCCAGAGGAAGAUGACGGACAGGUGGACAACAUCCCCAUGCAGAGGCAGACGUUCACCGAAAGCCUUUUUUUUGAAG